AUUAAUUUUAUGAUUUUGGGGCAUUAUUUGCACUUAUCUAGUUAAUCUUGGAUUUAUAGCUUUCACUCUCGAAAUUGCUCGGUAGUUGAUUUAGUAUUUUAGAACAUUAAAUUAGGGGAUUUCCUAAUUUUACUCUGCUUAAGGCUUCAUGGUGAUGUUGUGUUAUUGCUGGUAUUGUUGAUACACUACAUUUGUCGAUCUUAUCUAAUGAUUGAAGGGUUAUAAUGAAACUUCGGGGGGGCCUCAUUGGACUGGUAAAAUGUACGAUGUUUAAGAUCUCACCACCUGAUGCUUUGGAGUGGGUGAAGUGAGAGUUUGGAAUAUCAUAGUGGUGGUGUCUUUAUUGAUUACCAAAUGCACGUAGGGGAAAUAGCUUACCUGUGUUCUGUCGUAUUUGUUGGUGUAGUGCCAUUGUCUUUUGUUUUUAUGAUUAUAUGCAAAAAGUAGUAGAGUAAGUAAGGGAAGAGCAUAAGUAGUUCAUCAUGGCUGAGUUGGAGGAGCUAAAAAAGAAGCUCGCUCCAUUAUUUGAUGCUGAAAAGGGUUUAGAUGGGCCAUCUAUGAACCCUUAUGAAUCAUACAUGGUAUCAGAUGGUGGAACCGUAAACUUAUUAAGCAGGUCUUGUGGGGUAUAUAACAUCAAUGAGCUUGGGUUGCAAAAACGAUCUUCUUGGUUGGUAGAUGAAACAGAUGUAAGUGAAAAGACAUAUCGUUGUGCUUCACAUGAGAUGCGCAUAUUUGGAGCCAUAGGUAGUGGCGCAAGUAGUGUUGUUCAGAGAGCUAUCCAUAUUCCGUCUCACAGAAUUUUAGCCUUGAAGAAAAUUAGCAUUUUUGAGAAGGAAAAGCGGCAGCAGCUUCUUACUGAGAUACGUACGUUGUGUGAAGCACCUUGUUAUGAAGGUCUUGUGGAAUUCCAAGGAGCAUUUUAUACCCCAGACUCGGGGCAAAUAAGCAUAGCAUUGGAGUACAUGGAUGGAGGUUCCCUUGCAGAUGUCUUACGAGUGCGAAAAUCUAUACCAGAACCAAUUCUUUCAUGUGUAGUUAAGAAACUCUUGCGAGGUUUAAGCUACCUGCAUGGAGUUAGACAUUUGGUUCACAGAGACAUUAAGCCUGCAAAUUUACUUAUGAAUCUAAAGGGGGAGCCAAAGAUCACCGACUUUGGUAUAAGUGCUGGGUUGGAGAAUUCUAUGGCAAUGUGUGCUACUUUUGUCGGCACUGUUACAUAUAUGUCACCUGAAAGAAUUCAGAAUGAGAGUUAUUCUUAUCCGGCUGAUAUCUGGAGCCUUGGUCUAGCUUUAUUUGAGUGUGGGACUGGUGAAUUUCCAUAUACAGCUAAUGAAGGGCCUGUUAAUCUUAUGCUACAAAUCCUGGAGGAUCCAUCACCUUCACCUUCAAAAAAUUUCUUUUCCCCAGAAUUCUGCACAUUUAUUGAUGCUUGCUUAUUGAAAUGUGCGGAUGCGAGGCCAACUGCGGAACAGCUUCUCUCCCAUCCGUUUAUUACAAGGUAUGCAAGUGCAGAAGUUGACCUUGCAGCAUUUGUUCGAAGCGUUUUUGAUCCAACACAAAGAAUGAAGGAUUUGGCUGAUAUGCUUACUAUGCACUAUUACUUACUUUUCAAUGGUUCCGAUGACCUUUGGCAUCAUUCAAAAACCUUAUAUAGCGAUGAUUCAACUUUCAGCUUCUCAGAGAAAGUCUCUACAGGCCCUAGUGAAAUAUUUACAACUUUGUCAAACCUUAGGAAAACAUUAGCAGGUGACUGGCCCCCUGAAAGGCUAGUGCAUGUUGUCGAGAAACUUCAGUGUCGAGCCCAUGGCGAUGAUGGAGUUGCAAUUCGUGUGUCUGGGUCAUUUAUAAUUGGGAAUCAGUUCCUUAUCUGUGGAGAUGGGAUACUAGCUGAGGGUAUGCAGAACAUCCAAGAUCUUGCGAUUGACAUCAAAAGUAAGAGGAUGGGAACGUUCAAGGAACAGUUCAUCAUGGAGCCAGGCAACGUGAUUGGACGCUAUUUCAUUUCUAAGCAAGAACUGUAUAUCAUCCACUAGAAAACUUUCCAACGAUAUUCUGUUUCCCACCAAAGCUGCCAGCUUAUCAGCAAUCUGUAUUGGAACGCCUGUCUUGGGCAAACGGUCCAGAUCUUCAAAACCACCUGAUAUCUUUUGAAGCUGUGUAAAUUGUUCUUAAAAUUGAGCGUGUGUUUAUUAUGUCUAAUUGAAAUGCAGAUUCCAUACUGCAUCUAAGUUAUUCUAUUUAUUUAUGCGAGUUGCAACCAUAGCCACACUGUAAUCCCACGCUGCAAAGCAGAAUAUCUAAGAAGCUUUUUUACCAAUUCAGUUUCUGUUGUCCUCUAAAUAACACAAUCUUGGUUGUUAAUGGCUA